AUAGUAAAAAUUUAGCCAUUGAACACAUACAGAAAUUGUACAGACUGCGAGUUAUUCGAGGGUUGAAAAAAAUAAAUAGCACGCCUAUCUUAAUUAAUUGUAAAUUUGUAAUUGGUCAAAUCCAAAGAGAAAAAUACCUGUUUUUUUGAGUUUGUUCAGAUGAAUUAGGUGGCCUGCAAACCCCAUGACUAAUGAAGUACUUAGUAGCUCUUUUUUGAACAAAAUUCUAUAUAUUCUUCGCCGAUCGUGAUUUUGUUUAUUCAUGACAGUUAGAGAAUUCUAUUUUUCCACUUAAUUGAGUGUUCAAUUUGAAGAAGAAGAAGUGGAGGAGGAUCCGAUAUGGAGGUGAAGGGAAUUGAUGGGAAAUUAGAAAAGAGUGAUUCCACUUCUGCUGAUGAAAUUUCACAUUUGUCUAUCGACAUUGGAGGCUCCCUCAUCAAGAUUGUAUACUUUUCAACCAACAGUAAGUGCAGCACAAAUGAUGAGGCACCAACGUUAUCAAAAGAAAGACAGGAAGUUCCCAAUGGAGACCUUAACCAUCACAUUCUUAGUGGCAGGCUUUAUUUCGUUAAAUUCGAGACUAGCAAGAUUGAGGACUGCAUAAAGUUUUUGUCUUCCAAGAAACUUCAAAAAUGCGGUGCUCAAUGUCAUCAUUCUCAUGCUGUUGACAAGAUCAAGAUUAAGGCAACAGGUGGUGGAGCUUUCAAGUUUGCCGAUCUAUUCAAAGAAAAACUUGGCCUAACUCUGGACAAGGUAGAGGAAAUGGAGUCUCUUGUUACCGGAGCAAAUUUUCUGCUUAAGGCUGCCAACCAUGAAGUUUAUACAUAUAUUGGAGGUCAAAAGGAGUAUGUGCAGAUAGAUCAGAAUGAUUUAUAUCCCUACCUCCUUGUCAACAUUGGGUCUGGGGUUAGCAUGAUAAAGGUAGAUGGAGAUGGGAAAUUUCAGAGAGUUAGUGGAACUAGCGUUGGUGGUGGCACUUUCUUGGGACUAGGGAAACUUUUGACUAAAUGCCAAAGUUUUGAUGAGUUGCUGGAACUGAGCCAUCAGGGAAACAACAGAGUGAUAGACAUGCUCGUUGGAGAUAUUUAUGGGGGAUUGGACUAUUCAAAGAUUGGCCUUGCAUCAACAGCCAUAGCGUCUAGCUUCGGUAAGGCGAUCUCAGAAAACAAAGAGCUCGAAGACUACAAACCAGAAGACAUUGCCCGGUCCCUCUUAAGGAUGAUUUCAAAUAACAUCGGACAGAUUGCAUACUUGAAUGCUCUUCGUUUUGGGCUCAAGCGGAUCUUUUUGGGAGGAUUCUUCAUCCGCGACCAUGCCUAUACAAUGGACACAAUCUCCGUUGCAGUUGAUUUCUGGUCGAAGGGUGAGGCCAAAGCAAUGUUCUUGCGGCAUGAGGGGUUUCUAGGAGCCCUAGGAGCUUUCAUGAACUACAAAGAUGGAAGUACAGAUCCCAUGCCCCCUCAGUUAGUUGAGCAACAACCCGCCAAGAGGAGUUCAAGUUGCAUAGUCGAUAGGAUUCAUAACUCUACGCGUGUGCAGGAAAAUGAAAAUGGCGCCACAGACUGUAGAUUGCGAGUUAGUAGCUCAUUUAAAAUUUAUGAUGAGGUCAAAAGGUGUUGACCUAUAAAACAACUAGCAUAUGUACAAAAAUUAAAGAGGAUGUCAAAAGAAUCUGUUGUUUCUAUUCCUAGUUAAGUGAAAUGGCUAAGCAACAAAAUUUCAGAUUUAUAUGUAUAUGUAUUUGUCCUGCAAUAGAUUUGUAGAACCUUGACAUGUGAUGAAAUGAGAAAUGUCAUUUACACUAGUUCAGCA